CACACGUCUAGUCAUUGACACAUACACAGAGCUCAGAUGAGCGCAGUCAGUCUCUCACACUCCUCGUGAGGAAAUCUUGAGUUGAUCAGGAGCUCAUUCAGUUUGGAUCAGAAUUGGACUUUAAAGUGUUUGUUUGUCUGAAAAGGAUCUUUGGAGGGCAGGAUGGCAGAUGUGUGUGUGAGGUGUGGAAACGUGAGGAGGGACCAUAAAGAGGCAGAAUAAAACGGAAAUACAGCGACUGAUGCCGCAAAACACAUUGAUCUUUGACCCUGCGAUGCCCACCAAGCCUGUUAAAGACGCCAUGACGAUCCCUGGAACCCCUGAGCGAAUCCUGACCGAGAAAACCAACAACAACGAUGCUUCUCUACAACCAGAGCCACUAGAGACGACUGUCACCAUUCCUCUCGUCAACGAGGUGCAGUUAACGGCGGCCACCGGAGGGGCGGAGCUAUCCUGUUACCGCUGCACUGUGCCAUUUGGCGUGGUGAUUCUGAUCGCGGGCAUUGUGGUGACCGCCGUAGCUUACAGCUUCAACUCUCAUGGUUCGACCAUCUCGUACUUCGGACUGGUGCUGCUCUCAUCCGGACUCGUGCUGCUUGCGCUGAGUGUUGUUUGCUGGAAAGUUCGUAUGGAGAGAAAGAAAGAGCAAAGGAGAGAGAGUCAAACAGCUCUGAUGGCGCACCAACGAAGCAUCUUUGCUUGAGGAUGGAGAUCCGAUACGAAUAUCCAACCAGCGACUCUGAAACCUUCGCAAUGGAUGCGUCAAAGUAUUUUCAGCUCACUGACAGGAAUAUGUGCUGAUGUACAUGAAGGACUGAGGCUAGAUGACCUGUUUGCUUAUGAAGAAACUGUUCGGCAACAGGGCCACGUGCGUGAAGGAAAUCGUAUGGUGAAGAAAUUGUAGUUGGAAUCGGCUUCCGAGAAUGAAUUGCGACUAUAACGCUGUGAAAUGUAACGCUCUUCGCCAUUACCGUCAUGUUGAGUUAAUGCUGCCAUGAUCAACAGAAAAUGUUCACAGACAUCAAUUUUCAACAAACUCCCAUUUACCAUGCACCUGCCGGUUGGUGGGCGGUAAUAUUUAAACAAUUGCACAAAGAAAAAGGUGCAAAUAAUAAGAUGUGUCUCAGCUAAAAGAUUGAGCAUUUACAUGCAUACCAGUAAUGAUAAAUAUACAAAAAACGAUGUUAAACCGUACACUGGCAUGCGCACAACGCUUGCACACAUUGGAUAAGCAAGUAAGAAAGCAGGUAAAGGUGUUUACAUGCAACACGAUAUCGGGCUAAUGGGCAAAAAUCUUCACCACUUAAACAGGCUUGAACAAUUUAUGACCAUUUAUGACCUGAGAAAGAAAGACAUUUAUGGCGUUUACAUGACCACACACGUUGUUGCCUUAUUACGCAUAAUCGGCAUAAGAUCGUACAUUGUGCUUUUAAACAAAAUUUGGUUUACCACUUGCAUUUUUGCGGCUCAUAAUAUCACAACAUCCAUUGAACAAGGCAAAUAGCAUGGACUUUUAUGAAUAAGGUGCGCUGGAAAGAAUGUUUACAUGCAUACCAAUAUCUACAUUUACAUUUAUACUUAUGCAUUUGGCAGACGCUUUUAUCCAAAGUGACUUACAGUGCACUUAUUACAGGGACAAUCCCCCCCGGAGACCCUGGAGUUAAGUGCCUUGCUCAAGGACACAAUGGUGGUGGCUGUGGGGAUCGAACCAGCAACCUUCUGAUUUACAGUUAUGUAGUGCUUUAGCCCACUACGCCACCACCAAUCCCACUUGAUUUAAAUAAGCUGACAGUGAAUGUCUGGUUAAACUGAAUGGCUAGCAAAUAAUGUAUCUGAGCUGAAAUACAGCAUGCAAAAGUGGCAACUGUUUAGUUAUUUCAGGCCUGAGAGUUUGCAACAGUUCAUCGAGGCUAAUGUGUAAAGCAUCAUUCUGGAUCUGGAGACCCAAAGCUGUAUGUGUCCAGAUGUUCAGACACAGCUGGGACAACAGUUACCCUUUACAAAAGUCGCUCAAUAGGCUUCUCUCUUUCUUUCUUUCCAUCGCUUUUUUUCUUUUCCUGUUCUCUAUUGAUCUCUUUCGCCCGUCAGGCAGAAUGCUUGGUUAGCUGGGACGCGAGCCAAGGCGAACUUAACAAAAAUUGAGAGCAGUAACCGCUGGGCAAACCCAGAGAGAGGAAGUGGCAUAUUAAUCCCUGGCUGUUUCCUGUCCAUUAGGAUUAAUGGAAAGAUGCAGUCUGAGACGUAAAGGAAAGGGAGGUGAAAAAGAGGAAACGAACAACAAUGAUUUUUCCUCACUGAGAGUGUAUUUCCCCCGUCUUUAUCACAGACACAUGGUACUCAUAUCACUUGUAUUAUGAUAUAUAGGCAACAAAUGGCUGGGAAACCAGAGUUAUAUUUUCAAUUAUUCAAUCUGUUUUGCUAUAUUGUACUCUAGAUCAUGUGGACAGACAUACAACAUAAAUAAAGUGUUAAGUGCACUCUAAUUUGAGUUGUUGUGUGUAACAAUGUGAAGUAAUUUAAAGACUAUUAACCACAUACGUAAUAUGAUAACCAUACUUAAUAUGUAUUAUGUUGUUGUUUUUCUAUAAGUAUGCACUUUUGAUCAUUUUAAUGAAAUGCAAACAGGGAAGAAAUAAAUUAUAGAUCUUAAAUGUGAUUUCAGGUGCGUAAUUUCUUUUAUUAUAUUAAAUAAAACAUGUCUUAUUCUUUUAUUAUUUUGACACCAUAAAUCACUUUCUGCUGUUUGGUUUUGUGCGUGGAAAUGUGAUAUCUGUAAAAUGUCAAUAGAACUAUUUUUAAUAAACUUGUGAA